GAAGCCGUUGAAUCCGGUUGAAACGCGAGCGCUGCUGAACGUUCCGUUAUUCUGCAUAUUCGAACAACGUACGGAAUAACACGGAAGGAGGGAGCGUUAUUUUGGCGAUGUGAUUGAUGGUACGCUUGCUUUGAACCAUCUUGAGUGAAGUGCCCCCAUCCAAAGACAUGGCAGAGCAAGACGCCCAGCAGCACACAGCAGAUGUAAAGGAAGAAGACACGCAGUCCACACAUAUGGAUUGUGUCUCAGGAAGUUAUAAGUACAAACCGGAGGAAACUAAUAUUACUGAGCACAUCUCAAAAGAAAGGGAUUCUAUUGAAGACAAGACAGAAGGGUCUCCUCCAGAUGACUACACUGUGCAGAAUGUAGAGGGAAACAGCACUCCACCUCAGGCUGAUGACGGAAGUCAUGGUGACAGCAGAGAAGGACAGAAAAAUGAGCAGCCGACCAUUACAGGAGAGCACCACACGGGGGAGAAUAAAACACCAGAAACAACCACUUCACCGACCCUGGGUGACAGAAAGGAUGACCAAGUAGAUGGACACAUAGCUGGAACUGAUGAUGAAACACCAGGCACCAACAACAUAGUCUCUGAGGAUGAUGAAGGAGUCCUGGUAACUCCCGAGGAAGAAAAGGAUGUGCAGGAGGACAUAGCCUCCCCACAGACAGCAGUGCUACAGCAAAUCUCAGUUACGGAAGAGAGCGACAAACAGACAACUGAUGUUGAAAACAUUGGCCCAACUACUGAGCAGAACGCUGCUGAACCUAUAGUUCCGGCGAAUACUGGAAUUCUUGGAGGAAAUAUAACAUACCUGGGUAUAUGUAUAGUGUUAGUUCUUGCCAUCCUGGUGCAGCAUCUUCGCCAACCUGAAUCUCCACCUCAGAAAAACGAUACGCGGAAAAUAGACAUCUUCCUCGAGCAGAUGGAAAAGGUGAAGGCUCAGUUCCCUAACCAGCGCGCUGAGCUCUGGAAUAGGAGCAAGAUCCACCUGCUGAAGCAUCUCCGGGCAGCGCAGCCCACAGAGCCAGUCAGUCUGAUCCUGACUGCGGGCCUCAGAGCCGAGAAGACACUGCAGUGCCUGGCUCAGGGCCUGGCCUCCGCCUUCUCUUCUGCCCUCAGCGCCUCCGUCCUCCAAAUCGAUGGAGCCAGCAAAGCCCGCCAGGACAGCGACCAGGUCAAACUGGACAUCGACAACAACUUGCAGGGAGCUUUCGAAGGAGACAAACCCGUGGCUGUCAUUCACCGCUUCGAGGAGCUGCCUCCAGGUUCCACCCUGAUUUUUUAUCGCUACUGCGACCACGAGAACGCUGCCUACAAGAAGACUUGUCUGAUGUUCACAGUACUGCUGGGAGAAGAAGAGGAGAUUCCCGCCAACAGUCAUUUGAGUAUUGUGGAGGAGAUGGUGGACGACCAUCUUCAGAAGAAGUUCCUCUCUGAUGAGCAUCCUGUAUCUUAUGACAGGAUGGACCUUGACAAGUAUGGUGGACUCUGGAGUCGUAUUUCUCACCUCAUCCUCCCUGUGGUAGCAGAGGAAAGGAUCGAACAUGAAGGAUGCUCUGAGACAUGAACUGUCCCUCUUGCAUACUGGGCGACUUUACUGAUCAUUCUGAGGCUAGUCGCAGUGGUUUUAAAGGUUUCUUACAUAUACCAUGUUCCUACAUCUGGCACACAGGUAAAGGUAUCAAGUAGAAAUAAGACACUUAAAAUGAUUAAGAUUAUUAUAUGGGAUAUUUGGAGGAAUUUCUGUGGACAAUCAGGGAAAAAAAAUUGACAAAAAGACUGGUACUUUGUUGUUUAAGUACUUUGAUCAAAUAUAAUUCUAAGACAUAUUGCAAAAUGAAGAGUGAUUCAACUAGGGGCUGGGUCAAUUGUGAAAUUUUGAUGUUGACUGCUGCAAUUUUUGUAAAUUUUUAAAUGUUAUUUUAUGUAAGACUUGAUUGUUCUCCUAUGGAUAAUGGUCACAAAGAGUUACAAGGCGGAACUACUCUUGGUAUCACAACAUGGGGUUUAUUAUGUUUAUGACAAAUGUCUUCUCUGGAUUCACACACCUACAGGGCACCACGUGCCCUAAUUGGGUUUCCCGUGGUCCGUUUUCUAUACAAAUGAAAUAAAUUAAUAAGUGCAUAAAUUAAAUGUGCCUUAAAAUACGAAUAAAAGUGUAAAUCCCA